UGGUGGCCACGGCUGAAUGUGAGCACGUGGAACGCUCGUUUCAGGAUACAAAUUUGGGGGAUGACCGAUGAGUUGAUGCGAACACAGCGCUACCACGCACACGUAUACACAAAUCCCCCACGCCCUUUUCACGUGCCAAACUUCCUCUUACCUCUCUCUCUCUCUCUCUCUCUCAUUCGCCAUUGAAGCCCUAACAUAGAACCUCGAACAAAACUCACUCUCUCUCUCUCUCUCUCUCUCUCUCUCUCUCUCUCAUCCCUCGAGGUCUUCACAGACAAGUUUCAAGAAACUCCAGCGGCAUUUGUGUUGGAAACGUCAUAUACACCGGCUGCUGAUUAAGAUCGAGAUGACACCUGUUUGUCCCUUUGUCAAGGCUGCUCGUCCUGACGAGGCCUCUUUGAAAAAAAGUGGUGAAAGCCAAACAAAACAUCAGUCAGGACAAGAGGUCAAGGUAAAGCAAGAGUCUGGGGAAUCUGCCACCAUAUCUCCAAAGUGCCCCUUUGGAUAUGAUUCUGAAACAUUUAAGCUUGGCCCCUUCAGCUGCAUGAUAUGCCAAGCACUUCUAUAUGGAAGUAGCAAAUGUGUGCCUUGUUCCCAUGUAUAUUGCAAAGCAUGUAUAUCACGCUUUAAGGAUUGUCCUCUAUGCGGUGCUGACAUUGAGAAGAUAGAACCUGACACAAAUCUUCAGAAUGUGGUUGAUCGAUUCAUUGAAGGUCAUGCAAGGAUAAAGAGGUCACAGGUGGACAAAGACCAACAGGAAGCUGUAGGUGAGAAGAAGACAGUCAUAUAUGAGGAUGUAUCUCUGGAGAGAGGUGCUUUCUUGGUGCAGCAAGCCAUGAGAGCAUUUCGUGCCCAAAAUAUAGAAAGUGCCAAAUCAAGACUCGGUAUAUGUGCGGAAGACAUUCGAGAACAAUUAGAAAGAAUGGGUGCUACAUCCGAGCUGUGCUCACAGUUAGGAGCAGUUCUGGGCAUGCUUGGUGACUGCUGUCGAGCACUAGGAGAUGCUAGUUCUGCAAUCACUUACUUUGAAGAGAGUGUCAACUUCCUUAAGAAAGUGCCAACUGAUGAUUUGGAGAUCAUACAUACGCUCUCUGUUUCACUUAAUAAAGUUGGAGAUCUCAAGUAUUAUGAUGAAGAUUUGCAAGGUGCAAGAAGUUACUAUUUUCAGUCGUUGAAUGUUCGUCGGGAUGCAAUCAAGAAUCAUCCCAGUUCUCCAUCUCAGAUUCUCGAUGUUGCUGUAUCUCUUGCAAAAGUUGCUGACGUGGAUCGUAAUCUUGGAAAUGAGGACGUGGCAGUUGAUGAAUUUCAAGAAGCCAUAAAGUUGUUGGAUAGAUUGACGCUAAAACCUGAAGAAGUUGGUCUUGAGCAAAGGCGCCUUUCAGUUUUGGAAUUUCUCAAGAAUCAACUUUCUGAGAAACAACCUGAUUCAAAUCCCUGAGAUCAUGUUUGUUCCAAGAUACCGAAAAGAUCAAGCGAAAAUAAUCUCUGUUUCUGGUUCCUAUUGAUUGCUUUCGAGUAUUGGCACAAGCUUAAGGAAGUGGACUAUCUGUACAUUGCUUAGGUUUAAGGAUAAGGGUCAAGCACUAAUUUCCCCAAACGUUGUUCCUGUUGUGCAAUUCAGAGAGUUCUUAGUUACAGAUUUUCAAUGUAAUUACAGAUUCUCGUGGGGAGAUUGGAUGAUUAACUUGACUCACUGUUAUUCCACUUCCAGCGAGAAAUAAACAGUUUCUAAAUUAUGAUUUGGUCAUCUGUUCAAUGAAGGUCUGGAAAUAUAAUUGAUCUAUGUUUUGGUCCCGA